AUGAAGUCGGCUCUGCUGCUCGCCCCCCUCGCCCACGCGGCCGUCAUUUGGGAUGGCCGCUUCAACGACUUCAGUUCGGCGGCUGACCUCAACAAGUGGAGUUGGUCGAAUCAAGUCGGACCUUAUCAGUACUAUAUCCACGGGUCCGGCAGCGUGGACAAGUACAUCAACCUCAGCGCCGACUACAAGAACCCGAACGACACGGUGAGCAAGCAGGGGGCGCGCUUCACGCUGGACUCGACGGCCUUCUGGAACGGGCAGAACAUGCGGCGCACCGAGCUGAUCCCGCAGACGACGGCCGGCAUCAACAAGGGAAAGGUCUGGUACCACUUCAGCCUGAUGCGCAAGGAUACCAACGCCCCCAGCCCCAACCGCGAGCACCAGAUCUGCUUCUUCGAGAGCCACUUCGUCGAGCUCAAGUACGGCUGGAUCAGCGGCGAGCAGGGCACCAGCAACCCGAACCUCCAGUUCAUGAUCAGCCAGAACUCCAAGUGGAAGACGGAGUGGAAGGCGGGCGUUUGGCACAACGUUGCCUUUGAGGUUUUGCCUUCCCCCAACCAGGACUUCUCCGGCAACAAGGUGGGCUUCUGGCACUCGGAGGGCGGGGCGCCGCUCAAGCAGGAGGUGGCGCCGCAGUCGGCCUCGACGUCGUCCAACGGCGCCGACUGGCACCUGGGCGUGCUGGAGCUGCCACGGUCCGGCUACAGCGACUCGACCGAGGAUUUCUACUUCUCGGGCGUCUACAUCGAGGACGGGUCCCUGACCACGACCAUCGGCGGGCCGAAAUAA